CAGCCGCCACAUUCAUAAUCCGAUGGACCAUGGCUUCCUCAACAUCCAUGUUUUGUCGUCGUCGUCGUGGGCACUGGCUUCCCUUUUGGCUGUUUGGCUCCAGCAGCAGCAGCAGCAGUGCCCUGAAUUUGUUUGGAUUUCGUGCCGCCACUGCCAGCAGCAAUACUCCCACGCCUCUUCAGCUGCAACUCUUGGAUCGAGCGGCUCAAGUACGACAGCAAUUAUGUCAGGACUUGUAUGACGACACGGCCGACCGGUUGAGUGCCAAGUUGUUUUAUCCUUCUAGUUUUGCGCUGGACGGCGGACAACAACGUCGUGGGUAUUGCAAUUGGGUGAUUCCCGGUCGUCUCAUGAUUGGUCAGUAUCCCGCACAAACCCCAGCCGAAGGAGGUCCCACAUACGAGGAAGUCCGACAGCAUAUACAGCUGCUUGUCGAAGAUGCCAAGAUUGGGCUCUUUUGCUCCUUGCAGUCUGAAUUGCCGCCACAGGAUGAUUACGACACUUGGGCCCAAAAGGGAGGUUUGGUAUUUCUAGAACCGCAAAGCCUCCGACAAAGAUUCCCUCAUCCGUUUACCCACUACGCUCCCAUGGUAAAAGAAUUUUGGAGAGAUGACGACAGUGAUACUCUCCAAUUUCUGCAUUGUCCCAUUGAAGAUCUCAAUGUUCCGGAAUCCCAAGAACCACUCCAACAGUUGCUACUCGACUUGCUCAACUUUCUUCUCACCCCACACAAUAAAAAGGCAAUCUAUUUGCACUGUUGGGGUGGACGAGGACGUGCCGGAUUGGUGGGAAGCUGUCUUCUCAGUCUACUCUAUCCCUCAUUGUCGCCUACGGAUAUUCUGCGGAUCAUGCAAACGGCAUAUGCCAGUCGCUUGGGACACGAUACCAUGCCUUCUGUAUUGUCACGAUCGCCGCAAACCGAUGUGCAACGAGCCUUUGUCACACAGUUUGUCCACGAGUAUCAACGGUUGUUGCAACAGGCGAAUAAUAAUUAGAUGCUAAGCCUGCACACCCAACGAAUAGCUGCUUGUACGGGUGCCGUACGAUAGCAGUCGGGGCGACAGGCAGUGCAAUAUCUAUAGAGGAUACGGUAUAGCCAAGCAUGCUGUAAAAUCGUGCUAUCUAGAUGGUCGGCAAAAGCUAGAGCUGAUUUAGCUAGACAC